AAGUUUGGUCUGUCGCCUCGGUCUCUGGGACAGCCUCUCACCCAUCAUCUAACUAACCAACUGGGGAAACUAACUCACCUGCAAGCACCCGGCCAUCAAACCAGACCAACCUUCAUUUUCUUUCAGUUUUAGCUUUUUUGUUAGGACUGCCGACUGCCAUGGAGACCCUGCGAUCGAGACCUGGACACAACUCAUUUUGCCACACCUGUAGGAAAACGCAGCAGAGCAGAAGAAAGAUCAAGAAGAUGUCUUCAUCCAGCCGUUCGUUGCUCUUUGCACUGGCUCUCACCCUCGUUGUGGUGGAGAUGACCUCGGCGGAGACUCUAUGCGGGGGGGAGCUGGUGGACGCGUUGCAGUUCGUCUGCGAAGACAGAGGCUUCUAUUUCAGUAGGCCCACCAGCAGGGGGAACACCAGGCGCACCCAGAACCGUGGGAUAGUGGAGGAGUGUUGUUUCCGUAGCUGUGACCUCAACCUUCUGGAACAGUAUUGCGCCAAACCCGCCAAGUCAGAAAGAGAUGUGUCGGCCACUCUACAGGUCGUACCGGUGAUGCCUCCAUUAAAACAGGAAGCCCAGAGGAAGCAGCAUGUGCCCAUGAAGUUUUCCAAAUACGAGCUGUGGCAGAGGAAGGCAGCUCUGCGGCUCCGGAGGGGUGUCCCCGCCAUCCUGAGAUCCAAAAAGUUCCGAAGGCAGGCGGAGAAGAUGAAAGCCCAGGAGGAAGCACGCUUCCACAGGCCCCUGAUCAGCCUGCCCAGCAAACUACCGCCCGUCUUGCUCACCACGAACAACUACGUCAACCACAAAUGAGCCUGUUGCCAUCCCUUUGCACAGACAAGGGUUUGGAAGGACAAAAAAGCCUAGGGAUUAUAGCUUUGUCUCUGACGUCAUUUCUGUGGCAGUCCUCUUUGACCUCCCCUGCCCUGUCCGAGCCCACCAAUCCCCCCAGCCUAUUCUCAUCCACUACUUCUUGACCCCCUGCCCCCUUUCUAAUACCCCGCCAACCCUACCACCAUGCUCCGGAACACAAACAUGCCUUCACAUUCUUCCUGUUUGAACUUUUUUUUCUUUUCUCGCUAGCUCUUUCAGUCACUGACACAAAAGGCACAAACAACAAACGAUGAACAAAAAUUUAACAAUUUGACUGAAAGCCAUUCAGGCGGACCCGUAAGCAAAAGAGUAAAUGGAAGGGAGCAAGAAGAUGAAAGGGAUCUGUGGUUUGCAAGUGUCAAGAGGACACCCAAUGGAAUGUUUUUUUUUCCUGGUGGAAAACAAUUCCAAGUGAGGAGAAGCUUGCACGAGAGAAUCCAUUCCACAUACUUUUUUUUUUUUUCCUGAGGCAAACCUCCCCUGAAAAUCAAAAUUUUUUUUUUUUUUUUUUUAGUUUGCACCUCUACCUAUAAAGGGACUUCCACACUGUAAGGAAUUAUUUUGUAAAAUUAGAUUCCUGUUCCAGCACCUUUUGAUCACAAACAAAAAACAGAAAAGAGUCUGCAAAAUUGCACAUUGCCACGGAUUACGUCAAAGUAAAGAAAAAUAUAUGGCACUAUUUUUUUAUGAACAAUGAAAGUGUAGCUUAAAAAAUGCUAUGGUGCUAGCUUUGGGAAAGGACUCAAAGAAGAGGUUGAAAAGCACGUUUUUUUCCUUUGAAAAUAUUAUAGCUUUCCGUUUUAAGGAAAGUGUGACUCAAAAAAAUCGGGAUUAAGGAUAUGGGGGAGCUCCUGGCAGUGGCAAUGUCAAGGGGGAAGUGUCACUGAAAAACUAUGGGGGCGAUGAUGGCAUCGAGGCUCACAGGAAGUGCUAGUUGCUGUUCAUCACUAGUUUGCUGGCAUACACGGCAAGGGGGACAAGAGACCCUGGCCCUGGACCUCCUGUCUCCCAGAGGCAGAUGGACACAGGGAACAUAAAAUGGGACACCGUGGACUGCCUGGAUUGGGACAGUACAACGGUUCUGGGACAGUACUUCCUGUUUACAGUGGCUUUGCAGACUGCUCUGACAGGAAGUAUCAUGGCAUGGACAAGUGGGAUAAUUGAUUGAUUUUAUUUUAUUUUGAUCUUACUGUUGUUUUCUUUUCGUAUCCAUAUUUUAAUGAAAAAAAAAGGAAAGCCCUGUCUGUUUCUGGUACCAUGACAUUCCUGGUUUUUCCAAGUUAGGCGUUUUUCCAUCAUGAAUGUCAUGAUGUUAUUUUACCGUUAUAUAUAUAUAUAUAUAUAUAUAUAUAUAUAUAUAUAUAUGAUUCAAAGGGAAAAAGCAGCAAUAAUGUCAACUAACAUUUAUUUUUAUUGUAUAUCAGUCGUAUUCAUAUGCGUUUGCCUGAAAACAAAUACUUGAAUAUAUCUAUCUAAACAUAAAUAAAUAAAUAAAUAUAUAAAUAUAUAUAUAUAUAUAUAUAUAUAUAUAUCUUUAGAUAAAUAAUUAGUUUCCAGGGACGUUGUGUUAUUUCCUAUAGUCAGAGCUGUAUCUUGCGUAAUGAGCCGUCAAGCUUUUUGUUUUGUUUGUUGAAAUACAAAUAAGGGCACUGUAUAAACGCAUUAUUUAUUUUGUUAUAAAAUAUAUUUGAAAAUUGGUCCAAAUAAUAUGCGCAGCACUGAUGCUCAACUGACGAAUUUAUUUUGUAUGAUCUCUGUUUUCCAAUUGGAGCUGUAAGGCUUUUUUUUUAGAUGCUUUGUACCAAAAAUAAUGUCUUUUAUCCCCCUUUUCAUUUGCCAUAGUUACUAUAAAUUAAUAUUUUAACAGCAUCAUGUAGUCUGAAUUUUGUAGGCAUGUUAUGUCACUGAAAUAGUCACAUAUUCGUAAUAAUAAUGAUCUGCAUGGGUCUCCAGACGUUUGUCAAGGUUACAAAAGAAACGCAAAGUACCAGUGAGUAAAUAUUAACCGAAACUGUUCAACAUCAGUUGUAUUCAACCCACUAUGUUUUGAAGCCACUUUGGUAUUGAUGGCAGGGGAGUGUUGAGUCCUUAAUUAAAUAAUGUCUUCAUAAUUGUGCUCGGUGUCCUAUGAUGUUCUAUGGAGCAGCUUGUCUAUGUGCCACUGCUGCAGAUAUUGUCAUUUGCAAGUGUGUCGAUUGGAACAAAUGUCACUACAGGGUCUUAACUCGCACGUUGCGCCUUCAUCAAUGGUCAUUCUCUCUCUCUCUCUCUCUCUCUCUCUCUCUCUCUCUUUCUCUCUCUCUCUCUCUCUCAAUCUCUCUCUCUACCUCUCUUGAUAGAUAGAUAGAUAGAUAGAUAGAUAGAUAGAUAGAUAGAUAGAUAGAUAGAUAGAUAGAUAGAUGGCUCAUCUACAUCAUCUGACAAUGGCCUUGAUCUUAUGAAGCAUCACCUACCACUCGUCCAAGCAUUAUGUGUUUUAAUGAAGGGCUAAUGCAGUCAUAGGAUUCUGGUAAACAAAUAUGUGCACUGCAGGGAGGAGUAAUAUUUCCCGAGUCUAAGAGUUAAUCGUGUGUUUGUGUAUGUAUGUAUGUAUGUGGGGGGUGGGGUGGGGCUAAGGAGUUGUUAUUUUGAACCUUCCAUAAUCAUGUGGCAAACCACUGAAGCCUAUGACUGACACCUUAUCGCUUCCUCCCGUGUCCUGUGUCAGGUUAGACAUCACCCAAAUGGAGCCCUAAUCAAUACUAGCCAUACUGAGGUGAAGGCUCAAGCCAAUACUUCUACAUUUGCUUCCGUCAGAUAUCGUCCAUAUAGUUCUAAGAUUAUAUUCUACUUCCAUUGUGCAAAGAAACACAGUGCAAUUAUUAUUAUUAUUAUUAUUGUUACUAUUAUUAUGCUGGGACUGCAUUCAUUCACUAUUGUAAUGUUCAAACAGGCUAACCCUUGUGUUGUUAAAAUGAAAGACAACCACUUCUUUUGCAAAAUAUGAAGAAAUAUCAUGCCAAGCAAUGGAAACCUUUUAUGUGUCACUAGCUCACUCAGCCUGUGUGUAUUUUAUUGAUUUAACCUCAGCACGCUAGAAAGUCCGAAAUGUACAAUUCAUGUACUUUGAUUUUUAAUAUCAAUAAA